UAAAUAAGCCACAGUAGCGGAACCAAUCGAAUCAAUGGAUUUGCAUCCAUUCUUCUUUUCAGCAUACAGCUAUCCUACAUAGGUCUAUUUCAAUCCUUUUGUCAAGCUUGUUAUCUUUUAUUCAAUAGCUACUAUGGCUUCCUCUAGUUCAUAUCCUUCCGUACGACCCAUGAAAAAGCGCAAUAAAGUCUCGAGAAGAGAACUAGAGACACUUCGCGAUGACAACAGUAAACAAGGUAAUUAUUUAUGCAACAAGACAGCAUUAAUGAGACAGCAUCAGCUAAAAGAGACUUGCCUAAAUGUCCCAUUUGUGAAUACCGCAUUGAACCAGCUUACUGGGCAGAUCAUUACCAAUAUGAACUGGGUCGACUAGCAGAACCCACUUCAGAAGCUUACCUAAACCCAUCAAACCAAAAUAAAGGAAAGCGAGGUGCUGCUGUGGCAGCGAAAAGACAACUCGAAGGCAAAGGCAAAAAGAAAGCAAGUGUCUAUGAAGAAACAUUAGAGAGGAUACAAAAGAACAGAACACAAAGAGCAGAUCGAUUAAGGAAUAUGAAUCAAACAGGACCUGUGGAAGCAGAGACACAGCAUGAUUCUGAAGUUGCUUUACGGGUGAUGAUGGAAGAACAAGAGGGCUCAAGUGAAGUACAGACAUGCUUUAUUUGUAAUGAACGUCUCUUUGGUGAUUUAGAAGCCAUCAAUUUACAUAUCGACAAUUGUCUAAAUAACCCACAAACACCACCAGAACAAGAACCAGAACAACAAGAGCAAUCUGGUUGGGAAGAAUAUGAGUGGGCAGGACAACGACGAGUAAGAGCCACUGCCAUGAUGGAGGGUGGUUAUAGUGGAGCGGGAUUUGCGACUGCAAGUAAAGUAGAGACAGAAGAAGAUGAUGAAGAUUUAGAUGUAGAGGAAGAUGAUGCUCAAUUUGGUCAUAGUCAAUACACUGAACGAGAUAUUGUGGUCAGUGUAGAAGAUGAGGAUGCUUCUGCUUUACAUGAAAUGGUAUCAGGAGGAGCACCUCGCCAAGGAUUUGAAGAAACCGUAUCUGAAUGGGAGCAUACAACAAAAGACAAUGUUCAACCUACACAAUCGACCCUUUUGAUUGAUUCUCUAAAAGCACGUAUUCACCAAUUGGAAAGCACAAAGGCUUUUAAUUGCUUGAUUUGCUUGGAACCUUACAAGACACCAUUAACUUCAAUUGUAUGUUGGCAUGUUCAUUGUGAAAAAUGUUGGUUACAGACACUAGGCACGAAAAAACUAUGUCCACAGUGUCAAAAGAUCACAACACCAGCAGAUUUACGUCGUAUUUAUCUCUAGUUUUGUAAAUAAUAAAGUGUAAUUAAAAUAUAUCAAUUAGUGUAACACACACACACACAUACACAC